CGAUUCAAUACUUAAAUCGGCCAAUGAGAGUUACGGGAUAGAACUCUGUUGGCGCUCGCCUUUAUCAUUCUCCCGCUCGCCUUCGCUCUUCGACUAGAUACUUCUGUCUUAAAACUCCAACUUCUGUGUAGUGCUCCAGAAAUGGCUGAUGGAAAUUUUGGGGAGCAUGGAAUGGAUAACAUGCAGAGCAUUAAUCAUGUGGAUGACACACAGAACAUUGAUAACAAUAUGGAUAACCUGCAGGGAAUUGAUGACAUAAACAACACAGAUAAAUUGAACAGCAUGGAAAAUGUGGAAGGCAUGCCUGGCAUCCAUGACUUUGAUAGUAUGCAGAGCAUAGAUAAUGCUGAUGAUGCAGAUAAUCUGCACAACACUGAUAACGAUCCUGAGCUAGAUAAUGUGCACGAUGAGACUAACUUGCAGGAUGCAGACAAUGUACCUGAGUACUCACUUCCUUCACAGGAGUUACAAGCCACACAGAAUGAUGUUGGAAGUGGUGAAGAAAAGAAAUGGCCUGGCUGGCCAGGAGAAAAUGUAUUCAGGAUGUUGGUUCCUGCUCAAAAGGUCGGUGGUAUCAUCGGUCGGAAGGGGGAGUUCAUUAAGAAACUUUGUGAGGAAACCAAGUCUCGCAUUAAGAUACUCGAUGGGCCUCCUGGUACCACUGAAAGAACUGUGAUGAUUUCUGCCAAAGAAGAGCCUGAUCUCUCUAUUUCUCCUGCAAUGGAUGGUCUACUAAGGGUCCAUGAGCGUGUAAAUGAUAUUGACUCAGAUUCAGCUGCAGCUCCAUCAGGCAAUGCAAGAACAGUUUGCACAAGGCUACUUGUGGCAGCUACUCAGGCAGGAAGUUUGAUAGGGAAGCAGGGGACCACUAUUAAGUCUAUCCAGGAUGCUUCUCAGUGUACUAUCCGAGUGCUUGGAGAAGAGCACCUGCCCAUUUUUGCUCUACCAGAGGAUAGCGUUGUUGAGGUACAGGGGGAGCCUGCGGGUGUUCAUAAAGCAGUGGAAAUGAUUGCUUCACAUCUAAGAAAAUUUUUGGUUGAUCGUAGUGUUAUAGGGGUGUUUGAAAUGCAGAUGAAAAUGCCUAAUCCACGUGGAAACCAAAACAUGCCCCCACCUGGUCCAACCCCAUCUUGGGCACCCCCUCAUUCUGGUUUUCCCGUGAAUGCUGGUGGUGGACCUGGUUUUGGACCAAGCCCUCAAUAUAUGCCACCACCUCGUCAAUAUGAUAAUUACUAUCCACCAGGGGACAUGCCUCCUUUGGACAAACAAUCACGCCAGCCCCUGCCUAUGUAUGAUAGAGAUGCAUCAAUGGGAGCUCAUGCAACAAGUAUGCAGCCACAACAAUCAAUGGUUACAAAGGUCACACAAAACAUGCAAAUUCCCUUGUCAUAUGCUGAUGCUGUAAUUGGUACCUCUGGUUCAAAUAUUAGCUAUAUUCGCCGCACCAGUGGUGCAACUAUUGCCAUACAGGAAACAAGAGGUGUUCCCGGCGAGAUGACUAUUGAAAUAAAUGGGACUGCCUCACAAGUCCAAACUGCCCAGCAGUUAAUACAGAAUUUUAUUGCUGAUGCUACAAGCAAUAUGCAAAGUUCUGCUGGUGGACCGCCUACACAAGGUUAUAACCCGUAUACUUCUCAUGGUCACGUAUACAGUUCCCCGCCGACAACUGCUGCCGGAAACACAGGACAUGGUCAUGGAUCAGAUUACAGUUCUGUGUAUGGAGGCAACUAUGGUUAUUAAGUUAUCACAAGUUCUACUAACUACCUUUAUUAUGGACUGAGGGAAGCAUUUUGUACGUUGCACCACACUUUGAAUGAUGAGAAUUGCAGUGAGUUAAAUUACAUUAGGAUUUCUUUUUUGGCUGUUUUAUUUUUGUUCUUAUAUACCUUGGACCGUUAAACUGAAGCUUGUAUUUUACUCAUGUAAUUCGAUACAUGGAGUGAUGCUUCUUUGUGAAA